AAAAAAAGGAUCAUGGGCAUCGGCUCGCAGCCCCUGGCCGAGGCGGCCCGCGUGCUGGUCACCCAGGGUCGUGCGCGCACAUUCAGCGCCGCCGCUGCCGCAAUGAAGCCCCAGGGCCUCGCGACGUGGUUUCUGGUCAAUCAGACCCGUAAGAAGGAUCUUUUUCGACCACCGGAACCCCUUCCCGUCGCUGACUGCCGGAACGCAGGAAUCGCCUUCAACUUGCUGUCGCUGCUGUGCCUGUCCCACGUUUGCCUGCCUAGGUCCAGGCCGUACACGUCCCAAUUCUUGUCGCUGUCUGGAUACAACCCCAGCACCGGCAAGUAUGCCACGGCCUCGGGAGACCUGUGCUUCGUCGCGUGCUGCGUCGUGCUGCUGACCGGGCUCCGCGCCGCCGCCAUUGACUACCUCCUCGAGCCACUGGGCAGGCGAUGGGGCAUCGCCAGCAGUAAGGUGGUCACUCGCUUCGCAGAGCAGGCGUGGCUCGUCAUCUUUUGCGGCGUCUCUGGGCCGGUUGGCUUUUGGCUCUACCGCUCGUCACCCUACUAUAUGAGCAUGACGGCGCUCUGGACCGACUGGCCGGAUCGCGAGCUGGCCGGCCCGAUGAAGGCUUACUUUCUCGCGCAGCUCGCCUUCUGGAUCCAACAGAUUGUCGUGGUCAACAUUGAGACGCGACGGUCGGACCACUGGCAGAUGAUAGGGCAUCACGUUGUCACCGUCAUGCUGGUGGGUGGUUCGUACGCGUACCAUCAGACCAGGGUCGGCAACCUCAUCAUGGUGCUCAUGGACACAGUCGAGCUGUUUCUCCCGCUCGCCAAGUGCCUCAAGUACCUGCAGCUCCGCCGGGCGUGCGACGCCACGUUUGUUGUUUUCAUGCUGUGGUGGUUCGCGGCCCGGCAUGUCCUCUUCUUGCGCAUCUGCUGGAGCAUCUACGCCGAGUUGCCGCGCGCCGUGCCGCCCGGUUGCUACGCGGGCGGCAUGAACAAGUUGCGAGGUCCGCUGGCCGUACCGGACGACUGGUCCCACCUGUUCGAACCCUUCUACCAGCCCGAGGGCAUUAUCUGCUGGUACGAUGGCAUUCGCUUCGCGUUUCUUGCCAGCCUGCUGUUCCUGCAGGUUCUGCUGAUGAUGUGGUUCGUGCUCAUCGUACGGGUGGCGGUGCGGGCGCUCCAGGGCGAGGCGGUGGAGGACGACCGCGAGGACGACGAUUACGAUGGCGAAAAGAACGAUGGCCAAGGCCAGGACGAAGUCGACGACAGAAACAGCGGCAACAACAGCAAGGACAGGGGCGAGCACGACCGCGUCGUGCGCGGGCCGGCCGAGAUGGCGCGCCAAAGGACCACGAGCGACGAGGCAGAGUGACGGGGUCGAGACGGGCCGUUACCAACAGUCGUAUGAUAUACUCACCUACAUUUUUAAUGCUAAUAACGGGCGAGGCGCAAGGUUGGGUCAGGCAAGAGCCGGAUGGGGGAAUGGGGCCGCGGGUGGCGGUGUGGGGGUCCCAGCCCGCCGCUGGCCAGCCAAGACGACGGUUUGUUGAGGCGCGCGGCAACCUGACGGUCACGUCGAGUUAUUACAUGAAGCAUGAGAAACUAUACAGCACAGAACUGUACCUAGAAAUGAACAAGAUGCCGCGGCGAGUCUGCGACAGUCACAACUAAAGGGAGAAGAGAGGAGAGGGGGAGUUUUGUGAUGUUGGUACGCUGUCGUUGGUGACGUCGCUCUCGGAGCUGACACCGCCAUAGCCCAGCCGUGUCAUUGGGGGGGGGCGAACGGCGAUCAAACCAGCUGACGAGCGAGCCCUCGAUUGGAACGUGGACGCUGCCGGCUGAUGAUGGGGCUGGAACUUUGCCCCAGCCAGCGCACCCUCCUCCGAUCUGGGACCGCUUGGACGGGACGACACCUGCUGGGAAGCAUGACGGAUGGGAUUUGGCGGCCGUUAUGGCCAAUUCGCCCCGGAAUACGUUUGAGGCAGAUCGUGAUGCUCGCCGCCCCCCUCCCCCUCGGCCGUGUCUUGGCUCAAUCUGGGCAGGUAGCGAGCCAGCCUGCCAAUCUUGCCUAUUGUGCGUAUGUGCGUGCGUGCAGUGUGCAGGGAGUAGAGGCUCCAUGCGGUCAUUCACUGUGAUCGGGGGGCGGCGGCCGCAUUCUGAAAUCAUAAUUGUUGGCUUUGUCUUGGUGGUCUUUAAGGUCGGGGAGGAAACUGUCCGGGAAACUGUCUGCAGCCUACGAAGGUGACGUGCGGGUGGAUUGGGAAUGAUGGAUAUAUAGCAUCCCUGCCUCGCAAGUCGGAACGUUGUCGUGUACUGUGCAACGUGUCUAAGGGAGGUGAUGCAGAUGGAUGAAAC